AUGGGUCCUAAAACAUAUAUAGGUUAUGGAGUUUCUGAAGAAUUAGGACAUGGAGACUCUGUAACUAAACUUCAGUGUUGGUAUCAGCGUUGCUACAUCUUUUUGCUGGUGCAACAAGUAGCCAUUAUUGACCUUUAUAGAAGCAUGCUUCCGUACCCUAACAUGACAGAGGAAAUGUUUGUUGAGUGUUUCCCUGUUUGCCAAGGCAACAACAACUCUAUAAAUUGCUUGCGAAAUGUCAAAGAGAAGAUUGAUUUCAAACGUAAUGAUGAUCAGAAAGUUCAAUAUUCUAUUUACAUCCUACAUGUGCUUUUUCCGUUCUUGAAGCAUGUAAAUGAGCAGCACAUGAAAGAGAUAGCAAUAGAGUCUAGAAUUCAAGGAUCUUCUAUAUCGGAGGUACAGUUGAAGAAGGUAGAGUGCAACUUGGAUAAGCAAAUUCACUGUGACUGUUGUAAAACAUCAAUUUUUGACUUGCAUAGAAGCUGCCCUUCUUGUCAUUAUAACCUUUGCCUUCAAUGUUGCUGGGAAUUGCAAGAUGGCAACCCUCAAGGAAACAAAGAAGAAGUUAUCAUUGAACCUAAAGAUCCAGGGCCUGAGUACUUACAUGGCAACCCUAAGGGAUUCAGGAAAGCAUGGAAAAAGACAUGUGAUGUUGAGAAGGCUGAUGAAGAUCCUGCACCAAAGGAAAAGCAAACUCAUGACUGGAAUUCUUUGGUUGAUGGCAUAAUUCUUUUCCCUCCAAAAAGCAUGGGUGGUUGUGGUCGUGGGAUUCUAGAGUUGAUGCACAUAAAGUCACUUGACAGUGUUUCAAAAUUGCUAGAGAAAGCAUAA